ACCCGCUUUAGCCCCUCCACCACAAUCAGGAAUAAAAAAAGGGAUAAUAGCAUUGGUACAAAGAUGAUAUGUAUAACUUCAGAAAGGAUGAUGAAGGAAACCCUUCUUUUGUUUUAAUUAAUAAAGUCACUGGCCAAGCCAUGAAACAUUCUGUUGGAUCUCACCAACCAGUGCAAUUGGUUCAUUAUAGUCCAGUCGCUGUUGAUGAAUCAAUUUUAUGGACAGAGAGCAAAGAUUUAGGUGAUGGUUACAAAACUAUCAAAAAGUUUACAGAUUCCCGUCUGAUUGUGAAUGCCUCUGUUGGUAUUACUAUUGAUGGAGCUAGUAUCAUACUCCAGCCAUGGGCUAAUGGGGCAGAUAAUCAACAAUGGAAAAUGGAAUCAGUUCGUAAGCCAUUUGUGCCCACUGCGCCUACUGUUAAGCUUUACUGCAAGGCUGGACCUAAUUUAUCUGUCACCAUUAGAGAUAGCAAGGUUGUCCUUGCGCCUUCUAAUCCAGCUGAUGAGUUCCAGCACUGGUACAAAUAUGACAAGUCCAUCAGCAAGUACAACGAGGACGAUGAGGGUUCUCCUUUUGCUUUGGUUAAUAAAAAAACCGGCCAAGCUAUCAGGCACGCUGCUGAAUCUCAUAAAUCUGUGCAAUUAAUUCCUUAUAAUCCAAAUGUUCUUAAUGAGUUUGUACUCUGGACUCAAGGCGAGGACUUGGGCGAUGGCUACAAACCUAUUAGAGAGGCUACUAACACUCAUCUGAAUUUUAAUGCUUGUGGAGGUUAUGUCGAUGAUGGUACUAGCAUUAUAGUAUUCCCAUGGGCUAAUUGCUUAGCCAAUGAAUUGUGGAGGAUUGAACCAUAUACUACUGUUAAAGUUUAUUGCAAGGCUCAGGCUCGCUGCAAUAUCACUGUAGUAAAUGGCAAGGUGGGUUACGUUGAAUCCAAUCCGUCUGAUAAGUUUCAGCAUUGGUACAAAGAUGAGAGAUACAGGACCACAAAGGAUGCCGAGGGCUACCCUGCCUUUGCUUUAAUUAAUAAAGCCACUGGUCAUGCAUUGAAGCAUUCUACUGGAUCUAACAAACCUCUGCAAUUGGUUUGUUACAAGCCAACGGCUGUUGACGAGUCUAUAUUAUGGACAGAGGGAGAGGACUUGGGCGAUGGGUACAAAGCUAUCCGAAUGGCUAAUAAUAUCCAUUUAAAUAUCCAUCUAAAUCAGAAAUUUGUUUCUAAAGGUGAGGUCACUGCCGUUAGCACCGAUCCUGAUGAUCCUGUCAUACUCUCUCCAUGGAAUAAUGGUGCAGAUAAUGAGAUGUGGAAGAUGAAAACACAUUCUGAGUACGAGACACCGACAAUCAGUUGCUCCCUGCUUUAGAACCUUUUUUUUACGCUGACUUUGGGAAAUAAAAAACCUGAAAGAAUCACAAGCUGUUUUCUUCCUGAGAUGUUUGCGUUACUUUGCUCCUUUCGGUGUGAAAUGUUAUGAGAUGCGUGCGUGUUGCAUCGAGGACUGUUGCUCUAGCUAGCUAAGGUUGCUCUCAUUUUAUUUGUCGUUUUUCUAUGUUUGAAUGUUUCCUGACGCUUUUAUGUUUAAAUU